AUGUCCUCUUCCGACGCUACGCAUAUUGUUGCUGGCGCACCUUAUCCUCCCGCCGGGAGACCGGUGACUGCCGCGCUUAUAAUGAUCACGAUCACUGCACUUUCAGUCUGCUUGACUCAACGUGUGAUGAUUAUUGGUUCCUGGAGGAAACUGACGGCCGUUCGGUGGUAUCUCCUCAUUAUUUAUCUGGAUUCGUUACUAUUCAUCUUCUCAACGGGGUUUAUUAGCCUAGGACUCGGUGUUAAUAAAAGUCUAUCAUAUUGCGCAGUUGCAAAUAUCAUGUGCAUCGUGUUCUACAUAACUACCAAACUUAUAUACUUGCUGCUCGUCGAGAAAGCGAGACUGGUCAAGGGUGCAUGGCUGCCACGAUGCAAGGAUAAGCUCUAUCUCUUCAACAGCCUCGGGAUGCUGAUCCUCUACGCCGUCGUCUUUUUCUUAACAUUGGCUUACCGAUUUUCGUACCUCGAGAAUGGCGUCUGCCGUAUUGGCGCCAAGGCUUUUGCCUUGAUACCUCUUGUUACCUUUGAUGUCGUCGUCAAUGUAAUCUUGGAAAACGGAUCACUCUUUGGUUCUACCGAUCAGAAGUUGACAGCACCUAUAGAAAUCUCACGAGAGAAAGCACUGCAAUCCCAUCAAGCGCUACGCACUAUGGCCUUUAAAACUUUCUGCGGAUCUUGUGCAACUUUGAUAUCUAGUGUCGCAAACCUGAUGGUUUUAAUACUAUUGAAGGGCGAACCCGGAUGGAUUUGUUUGCUGCUUUGCAACGGCGACAUCCUAUUCAGCGCCCUCGUCCUCCACGCGAUCACCAACAAAGACCACCAAGGAACUCGCACCACUAACGGAUAUGAUUCCGGAAAUAAUAGUGUCAUGGAAGACGCAACAGAACCUGGAACUAGGAUGUCCUCGACAGCCAAGCCCCAUCGUCAGCAGUCCUCUGUGGUCGCCACCAACACAACGCUCAUCGCGUCACAACCAAGCACAACUUACGCAACCGACAUAUUCCGCCCGCUCCCUAGGAUUCCCGUAAGAUUAAAUCUAACUUCAGAACGCAAGAGUAGCAUAUCCUGGACGUUCGGAGGGUUAGGCGGGGAUCCCUCGACAUCAGCAGAGGUGCACCGCGACAUCGAACAUAGUGAGGAGCAAAAGAAGGCGGGUGUGCGGCGUGAAGGGCCCAUAGCAGAGUACGCCGAGCACGACUCCAACAAGAUCAACUUUAUAACAAGCGCAUAG